UUGGACCACAGAGUGAAUGAAAAGCAGCCAACAAUUGCUCAGCAUAUGUGGGAACUCCUUCAAGGCUGUAGGAAAAGCAUUCCAGGUGAAGCUGGUGGAGAACAACAUCUUCAAGAUGGUCAGGACGAAGGGGAGGCUGCCUCUGCUGCAGAUAGAACUCCUCCUCAUGAAAGCGGUGUGGACACGGCUAACGAGCGGUGCCGCCGAGUGUCAUCGACAUCCCGCUGCCAUUAAGCGGGCGCCCCUGUCACCACCAAGGGAGAAGAGAGGCUGUUUGCCCGGCGUCUCCCAGAUGAACAUUAAGGAUGAAAGAGAGAUGCUAAAAUGGUAUGGUAUUUUUAUUCCACAGAUGAGUGCAGAUAUUUUCACUGUGUGAUUGUGAGUGAUUACUGUAUUACCGCGGUAACAGAGGAUGUAUCGGCGAAUGCAAAGGGAAUUAAUGACACAUUAACUAAAACUAUUUCUGUAUUGACUGCAUCAGUCGGCGGGCCCAGGAUGCCGCGGCCGCAUCCUCUGAUUACCUAAAGGUAUUGUAAAUAUGUUUCCUAUGGUUUUACAUACAUUUACAUGUUUUAACGCUCAGGAGACCAGAGACUAUUAGGAAUGACUUACUCCUCUCUUCUCUUUGUAUUAGGUUGUUCCUUAUUGAAUUAGCCAAUGGUAUUCCUUUGCUGUAGGCCUAGGUAUGGGAGAGGGGAAUUAUAUCAAAAGGAUGUGUGUGUCUGGUCUGUUUAGGAGAGGGAGGGAAGGAGACAGGGAUGGAGGGAGCGAGCAGAAGAGGGAGAUUGAGAGUAAGCCAAGAUAAGUGAAUGAGUGUAGUGGGACUUUUGUGUGUCCCUACGAGAUGGUACAUUUAUGUUGUGAUGUGAUAUCAGCAUACGACGUAAUAACAGUUUGGGUUGAACGAGCAGAAACCUUUGAGACAUGACAUAGGCCUACUGUGUUGGUGACUGCAUACACAGCUAUGUUUACUCCCUUUUAGUUUACACAACCAUCAGAAGGGAUGUCAGGACAAUAGGCAACCCCCCUUUAAAGGUUAUGACAGAUAUGUGAUCCUGCCCCCAAGGCCUAUGUGUUCAUAUAGGAACUUCUGCUGGGUAUUAAGGCCCACAGGCGAGGAUCAGACGGCUGGCCCAGUCCGCUGUGAGUGAGAGGAUCUCAACAGCGGGGGUCUUUGUCCCAGAUACACUGUGAAGAGUGGGCCCAGCAGGCAACCAACCCGCCACAGGGCUCAAACACGACACAGCAUGGCCUCCCGAUCAGCGCUACACUAUUUCAGUCGCUUUGAAAACUUUAUUAGGUAUCAACUGACUUGACAUAGGCUACAGUAAAUGGUCUUACUUUGACAAAACUUGGGAUGGGCUGGUGAGGCUUCCUAACACUGCUCUGUACUUGUUGGUCUUCAACUGACUUUACAUAAACAAUAGUAAACAAACUCGGGAUGGAAAAUCAUCCCAACAUAGUAUGGAAUAGUGUGAUGUGUAACUAUUCGUGCGUUGCACAGUGUCUCAACCAGGCCAGGGACUGGCAAUGCACUGCUCCCAACUCACAUUGCUGUUUUCUUUUCUUCCUCUAAGAGGAUUAUCCUUGAGGAGAUGGCAGGCUGAGUAUUUUAAAUGGCCAACAAUAGAAUGGGAGAUGAAGUGGAACUAAAGAAGAGUGUCAACUACCUGUUGUCCUCUUGUGGCCAUCACUCCUCUCCUUUGUCCUCUUGUGGCCAUCACUCCUCCCCUUUGUCCUCUUGUGGCCAUCACUCCUCUCCUUUGUCGUCUUGUGGCCAUCACUCCUCCCCUUUGUCCUCUUGUGGCCAUCACUCCUCCCCUUUGUCCUCUUCUGGCCAUCACUCCUCCCCUUUGUCCUCUUGUGGCCAUCACUCCUCCCUUUUGUCCUCUUCUGGCCAUCACUCCUCUCCUUUGUCCUCUUGUGGCCAUCACUCCUCCCCUUUGUCCUCUUGUGGCCAUCACUCCUCCCCUUUGUCCUCUUGUGGCCAUCACUCCUCCCCUUUGUCCUCUUGUGGCCAUCACUCCUCCCUUUUGUCCUCUUCUGGCCAUCACUCCUCUCCUUUGUCCUCUUGUGGCCAUCACUCCUCCCCUUUGUCCUCUUGUGGCCAUCACUCCUCCCCUUUGUCCUCUUGUGGCCAUCACUCCUCCCCUUUGUCCUCUUGUGGCCAUCACUCCUCCCCUUUGUCCUCUUGUGGCCAUCACUCCUCCCUUUUGUCCUCUUGUGGCCAUCACUCCUCUCCUUUGUCCUCUUGUGGCCAUCACUCCUCCCCUUUGUCCUCUUGUGGCCAUCACUCCUCCCCUUUGUCCUCUUGUGGCCAUCACUCCUCCCCUUUGUCCUCUUGUGGCCAUCACUCCUCCCCUUUGUCCUCUUCUGGCCAUCACUCCUCUCCUUUUGUCCUCUUCUGGCCAUCACUCCUCCCAUUUUGGCCUCUUGUGACCAUCACUCCUCCCCUUUGUCCUCUUGUGGCCAUCACUCCUCCCCUUUGUCCUCUGUCUCCUUUUCCUUUCUUUUUAUCCAGAACUGUUUCUUAUUUUCAACAAAAAUGUAGAAUGACAAUACAUUUAUUCGGAGCAUGGUCUUGCAUACAAUUUGAAAUAGUACAAUGGGCGGCAGGGUAGCCUAGUGAUUAGAGCGUUGGACUAGUAACCGAAAGGUUGCAAGUUCAAAUCCCCGAGCUGACAAGGUACAAAUCUGU